AUGUCGAACGUUACCAUCACAUUCCGGUUCCGUGAAGAUUCCUUCGCCAUCGACCUGAAGCGUGCAACGUACAACCGCAGCGUCGAUAUAGUCCUGAACACCAUCUCUAGUGGACAGCUCCACGCGUCGUGGAACUUCAUGGCCGAGUUUGGCAAAAUGAUCGAGCUCGGCAAAAGAGAUAUAGUCGCGAAGGACGGCUCGCCAUGGGCAAUUUCCAACGAAACCGGUCGUACCGCUGUGUUUAUUUGGCUCAUAUGGUUCAAAGACGACUAUGGCAUGUUGAAGCUCAAGUUCACCACCAGCGAAGCGAUGUGUCGGUUGCCAGAGGAUUAUUAUGACUGA